UCCAUUCCUGGAACGCAAAUUGACAUCCGGUCAAAAAAAAAAAAACAAAAUCCAAUCGAACUUUACGACCCCCUUCUGACCGCGACGCGAGUGCUUUUGCCAUACAUUCCAGUCUAAUUUACAACAAAUGCCAUAAAUACCGGUUAUUGAAAAAAAGAAUUUGCGGAACGCCCCGGUCGGUAGGUGAUGGACCACCGGAACAGACACGCAAGAAUUUGACACUGUUACUCCCACCUGCACCACACGGUUGCUGAAAUUCUGCCUGUAUGUAAAUUAUUGAGGGAUUUAUAUUUACCCCCAAAUGGAAAAUCAUUCCAACCGCCGUACAUUGUGAUGAUGACCCCGAUAAAUUCCUCACCCGAACCCAUUUCGAAGCGCAAAAUUGAUAAUGAAAUUGAUGGUGACCAUCAUCGUGGCGUUGCAGUCGCAGAUGGUGGCAGAGUCCAACCCUUGCAAAUCUUGACGCUGAUGAUGCUGAUGUUGACAGUUGCGUCACUUGCAAAAGCCAUCGAAGACGACGACUCGACGACUCGAGCAGAAGAGCAACCUGGCCGGCCGAGGUUUUUCCGCUUUUCCCAUCAUCGGCAGCGCAGCAGCAGUGUUCAACCGAAUGAGUUUUACCAACUCAGCAUGAAUGCAAGUCUUGAAGCAUGUGGUGAAGAAGAUAAUGGCAGUGAGGUGGGAGUGACGAAGCGAUCUGGAAUCGAUGGCAGCUGUCAGCACAAAAUUGUGGCACGGAUUUCGAUUGAAACGGCGGCGGCAAGUGGACAUCACAGUUGGGACAACGACGAUAUGCAUCUUCAUUUCCUGCUGGAUGAGGUCUACCUUCCGGACGAGGCGGAAUACGGCAAACCGAAGGAUACGUUUGCCAUCAAUGUAACACUGGAGGUGCCCUACGUUCGGCAUCGUUUGGAGAAAGUUCAGGUGCUGAACUGCUACGUGACCGGUCAUGAUCCAACAGAGAAGGUACAUUCAACGCGUCCCACAACAACAAUGGAGUGGAAUACAGAUGAGAUGGUUUCACCAUCGAUGGAACCACAGCAGGUAGAGACAAAGGAGCAUCAGAAUUACAACGACGGAGACGAGGAAGAGCCGGAUGAUUGGGAGUGGGAGCAUCAGAAGAACUUGGGUAAAGUCUAUGAGGGUGGAAAACGAGGUGGAUUUCGAUUUCAAGGAAACGAUGAAGCCGGAGUUUAUGACCAUAGCUAUGGUUUCGAUGUCGAUGGUGAUGAUCCAUUAAGUAAAGAAAGCCAUCAGGGUUUUUCCGACCAUCACCAAUACCGCUAUCAACAAGUCGAAUCCCAACGAGCCAAACAUGGAAGAAACUUUCAAUUGACCACUAAACGAGCAUCGUCCAUACAUCACACCACCAAUCGGCGUCAUCAAUCGCCAGAAUACGGAAACCGUAUCUACUUUCACGACGACGACGAUAGCCAAACAGCUGCCAAUAGAGCCGCCAACGAAGAUGAUUAUGCCUACGACCAGUAUAAUAAUUACUACCAUUUAGAGGGGAAUGGCCCAUCCCGAACCGAGAGAUCCGGCGGAAGCAGUGCCCAUCAGUUGAAAAAAUUUGGAGUUUAUAUGGUUAGAUCUGAUGAUAACGCAUCGCACGUAGAGUACUCUUCGGUGGUGAGCAUUAGAUACUGGCAGGAUCCAGCAGCAACACCAUCUGCUUCGCAAGCCGAGGAUGUGGUGAACUACACCAGACUGACAAGCUCAUCGAAUAUUUACGUCAAUCAAAUCAGCUCAAUUAGAUUCCAAGCCGGUGCCGUUGGAGCUGAUGCUGAUGGUCCUGAUGCCGCUACUGUCUCCACCCGGAAAAGCCGAGAACCUCGUCGACGUCAGCCCGGCGGCAACGGUGGUGGCGUUGAUAAGAAGAACCGUCAUCCGAAAGAAACCGACAGCCGGAAAAACAAUCAUCGAUUCAUCUCCCCGGGCUCUGACGACUGCUUGACGAAGAGCCGUGGCAUGAACUGGUCUAAUCCGAACGAGUUAAUGCUAAUUGAUCCGAGUGGAAUGGGACGCGGUGGUGAUUGGGGAGCUCCUUCGGUUAAGCGGCGCUCGUCCUCGGGCGGAGGAAAUUGGGCGGAAAAACUACUCUGGGUGGGUGGCGCAGCCGGUGAUGGAUUGGCGGGAAAUGACGGCGGCGAUGAUGACGCCGGAAAUCGACUCAAGCGUAAAUCAUUUCGGAACGAGGAAACGACACCGGAUGGAGGACGACUGUUCUGCCCGGGGUUGGGACCUUGGCGAGAAACGGUGAAGGUGGAAUCUUUGAAGGCGCAUUUCGGAGGCACUAGGACUCGAUUGAAGCACUGCGAUGAUGGAUUGUGCCUGGAAGUGCCGGUGGCGGCGGCAGCAAUGGCUUUCGCGUUCAAAUAUGAAAUUCAAUUAGCAUAUUCGGCGGAUCUCGUUGCACCGCUGGACCAGAACCAUCAGAACCAACAGCAGCAGCCGGAUGGCCAACGCAUUAAAAUUACAAACAUCAUUACCACUUUCCACGGACCGAUGGUAAACGAUGACGGCGAAAGCAGCAGCAAGAAAAGAACACCCACCGCCACCCACAAAAAGGGCAACAACAUUAUGCUGCUGGAAGUGGCGUUGGUGUAUUUGGGUCACUCGCCUCAGCAUCAGCAGCAGCGCCGCCACCACAGCGAAUUAGUGCAGGUCAAUAUUGACGCUCGUUGUUUGUCGUACCUGAGUUCGAUCGGCACCACCACCGGGGGUGGUGAUGAUGAAGCUGCGGCUGCGGCUGAUGCCAAUCAACAACAAGCACCGAAAAUGGUGCGACUCAAGCCGGAAGAGCUGCAAACCGUGCUGUUUCGAUUCCCAAUCGAUGGGGAUGCGGUGGCCGUGAGGAACGAGGAGUUCGAAUGCGGUGUCACGGUCACUCAGGCUGGUACCGAUCUCAGUGGGCCAUCGAAAAGUGCAACCCGUUCUCGUCGCUAUAGUGAUAGCAACAGCAGCAACGAUUCGUCCGAAUCGUCACCAGCACCACUGUCAUCGCACAGCACCGCCGCCGUUGUCCUAGCCGAGCGGAAAUUUUUAAUUAAACCCGGAGCACGUUGUGUCUGCUCGGAUUUCGCCUGCCGGUGCACCUGUCUGCUGGGAAUGGUUUCGCCGGCCGAACCGAAAUCGACACCCCUUGGUACCGGUGCAGGUCCAUCGGGGACACCGGGCUCGGGGCCGGGCCCGGGCGUCGCCAGUGAUGGCAGUUGUCAGAUGAUUAUUACUUUUGGAGCAGGCGGAGAGGACCGGAACCACCAGCAUCACCCUCAGGCAAGGGGCGGCGGAUUUUGGCACUGGUUUUGGGUGAUGCUGCUGUUGGCGAUGUUUGUGUUGAUUUUGUUGGGAUGUGUAAAAGCCGUUCUCGGAUGCUGCUGGAUCCGGAUAGGGAAAUGGAAGUACGACUUUUUGCAACCGGUGGUGCGCUACAAGGAUGCUUCAAGCUAUCGAAGAUUCCUGAUAAACACAAUCUUCUUCCUGGUGUAUCCCUGCGUGCUGUGCUGCCGGUGUUUCGAACGGUCCAUUGAUGGAGACGGAGACGAUGAUGUCUUCCAGAGCGGAGGUGACGACGAGCGAGACCGCCUUCUGCAGCAGCAUGGACUGCUCAAAGGUGUCAUGGUUGUUCAGAAACCGGUACCACUGUCAACCACUUCCGUCACAAGUGCCGACGAGGAAGAUGUCCUCGGGGAUGGCUGGCAUACGGCGAAUGGCGGUGAAGGUCUUGGGAAGCGGUCUUGGAAGAAGAACCCGGAAGACGUGGCAACCACCGAUGACGAUGAAUUAUCCAAACUGGUGGCUGCGAUGCAGUCGGAAUCGGAGGGAGGGGAACGUCCAGUAAUGGGCGCAAAACAUGAAACAAAGCCGUACAACAACACCGAAGAUGAAGACAACGAUACCCGGUUCGUGAUGGAUGUAAUGAAUCAGUCCCGGAAGUCAUUGCGAACGUUAAGUUCGUCAUCCGAGGCAUUCUUCGACACACGAGCAUCGAGGACAUCGUCCUCAUCGCUCCGGAUCGGAAGCAACGAGGACGAACAUCAGCAGCAACAGCAGCUAGCCAGUGAGUUGGUCCAAAGCCUGAUCCGAGCAAAAAUCAUCUACCGUCGGAUGGACCAUGCCUGUGGCCAGGUGCUGAUGGAAGACGGACAACCUUACUCGAUUCAGGGAUACUUUAUACCGAUUGAUCGGAAGCGAUAUCAAUUUUUCACCCAUGCGGUUUUACGACAGUUUUGGAUGGCACACCGGGACGAGGGGGGAAACAUAUCUCGUGUAAACAUACCGGAGAGAAGCUUGAUAUCCAAAAGUUUUACCAAAACCUACCAUUCCAAGGGGGACGUUUUGCGGCAGAACGACCUGUCAGUAACGCCCAAUAAGGAAGCGCCUUGCGUUAACGUUGAGUAUUCGUAAGUUUUUACAUUUAUUCGGUCAGGAUCAUGAUAUUACAACUGGAAUUAAUCAUGUGUUUUUUUUUUGUUUUUCGGGAAUUCGUUUUAUUGAAAUCGUUCAAAUAAAAUUACCGAUUCAUUCAGUGUGUGUCUAUGUGCUUUUGUUUUCCAUUCUUGUGGAAACUGGUAACAUUUUUUUUUCCUAAUUGUACACCUUAAACUACGUACCUUUCUUAAAACUACCCAAUAACCGACACUUGCUACAACUAUUCAUCGAUACUUUUUCACUAUCUUAAAUCUUUUUCAAAAAUGCAAUUGCCAUGAUUUUUAUUCAAAUAGUUUGGCACUACCUUUGAUUUGAUUUUCAACGUUGGUAAAACUUAUCGUUAAUAUAGUUGUGCUCAUUCUAUGACUGGAGUGACGUGACGCUACUCGACUCGGAUGAAGUGACGCGCCGUGGAGAGUCACCUCAUUCAAGACGAGAUUUCUCCCCUCGACAUACGAGUCAGGCUGCGUCACGUAAAUACAAUUCUAGAAUGAGCACAAAUGUGUCUGUUGAGGAGCCUACUUGUCAGAUGUGAUGACUGUUUGUUUUAUUAAAUUUAUUGGACUGCAAAAUGCAGUCGAGUUAUUAAUGACAAAGACCACCACGUCUCAAUACAGACGGGCUUGGUGGUCUAGUGGCUUCUGGUUCAUAUGCAGAAGGUCAUGGGUUCAAUCCCUGGCCCGUCCCUUUCCUCCUGCUUUGUCUAACAAAUACUCCAGUCCGUGCGGGUUGUGGGGACGCAGAGGUGCUCUCGGUCUCUACCCGGGUAGAGUUCAAGUACUGACGAUCAAAAUGUGAUAUUGGUUUGAUUGAGAUAAGAGGUAAAAGUACUGAAAAUAAUAGCAAGAAUUUGUUCUUGAACCAUCUUACCAAUAGCAAAAUUUGAUAUUUGAAGAUCAAUCAAAUAGCUCACUGCUAAUGGUAAGAUCUUACCAAGAGAGCGGUUCCAUAUCAUUUCAGCAACGAGUAAUUUUCAUAUAUCUUUAUUUGGAUGAAACCUUGCAUACAAGUCUUUGGGGGAGAAAAACGCCGUUUUGCAUACUUGGUUCGCCAUUUUGAAUCUAGCCUUACUUAUGAGAAGGGCCUAUGAAAAAUGCACAUGAUAUCUUCAAAAAAUUGUAUCUCGAAAACGGUUUGUCCGAUCGGUUUGGUGUCUUCGGCGAAGUUUUAGACAAUUGUUGGUGCUAUAUGGAGAAAAUAUGCACGGUAAAAAAUAUGUUUGGUUUUUGUGAUUUGAACUAAAAUAUAGAUUUUUCCUCAAAAGUGACAUGUCAAUAUUUUUUUUAUUAUCCUUAUGUUAUAGCUGACUGAAAAUGCUACCUAGUGCACAGUGGGUUGUUCUGGAGAAAAAUAGGUUACAAUGAAAAAAAAAUGUUUUAAAAAAUUACGGUUUUCAAAAAAAGCUAUUAAGUAAAGUCAAAAAAGUUUGUCGCCCUAAUUUUAUGAAAGUACAUCAAAUUUGCAAGAAAAAAGUACUUCGGUAACAUUUUUCUAAGAUGCACCGUUUAGAAGAUAUUACUAAUUUAAUAUUGAUUUUACCUACCUCUUACACACAACACAAGCGGCAGAACAAAGAUCAAUAAACAAAAAAGUGGAUCAAAUCAACGUAGUCUGACACGAUGACAUUAGUAUAAUUCCAGAUUUUCGCAAGAUUUCAGCCAAUUUUGAUUAAAAUUGGUAUAAUAUUAGUAUAAUAUUAGUCACCUUCCAUCAAACUAGACGGCUGCCGACUGAUACCUCAAUCAACAACCGCCGCACUCUUUAUUCAUUCCAGGUAUAUACAAUUUACAAUCUUCUUCAAUAACAAUAUACCUACGCCAGCAAAUCUACCUCGCUCCAACUCUCCAAACUCGUACCUGACGAUACCUGAGCGUUCAACUCUACCUAUCUUCCAGCAGUCUUUACCCAGCAUUCUAUGAUUUAUACCCGUGAGCUGUAUAAUAAUGUCUGACUCGGUUCUGAAUUCAUCCAGUAUCUACUAGGGAAAACCAAACAGUAAAUGCAGAAAGGUUGCUAGAAGCAUAGUGAUUUCAUAGUAAUUUCAGCUAAUAAUCCAGUGUUUUUGAACUAGAUCCAGUGUUGUUUGAUAACAUAAUAAUUGUAAAGGAAAGUGUAACACGUUUUGGUGCAAAGGUAAGUUUUAAAUACACAUUUUAAUUAUAUGUGUUGUGAUAUUUUCGUUCAAAACUAACAAUUGGAAAAUAUUUUCUAUGUUACAGAUUACAAAAUGAGUAAAAUCAGAUGUAUUCGUCCAUUCAAAGACAUUCAGUGUUCGAAAGAGCUGCGAUAUCUCACGGAUGGUAUCAUCCAAAAACUAAAGUCAAUUGGAUUUUCCAAGGUAUCCACACUGAACACCAAGGAUUUUCGUAUUUGUUCGUCUUGCCGUCUAGACGCUCACCUCACCCAAAACGAAGAACAAAGCGUAGCCGGUGGCUCAAGGAUGCCAACUGUUCAGACCAUACCUGUUGUACCUGAUUCGCAAAGCUAUGAAAGUUUGGUCACGAUACCAUCAGCGUCAACGCUAAGCACAAUUCAAUCAAAUGAAGACUUCACGAUGCCUGUAGACGUCGAAAUAUUCAACCGAGGAAUAGCAGCUAUUCGUGUUUCGCCUAUAGAUUUAGGUAA